CAACCGAGUCUUAGCAUUCAUUCGCCCGCUUGGCAGAGAGACAAUCCUCCACGACACGCUCGCUUGUUUGCUCGCUGGGGGGCUCCCUUGUGGCCUGACGAUCUCUCGCCGGCAUCCCCGCCUUGCUCCCUCUUCCGAAUCUGCGCCUUCUCUCCUUCAUGAAUUUGCGCUUCCCGGGAGCGCGGGAAGCGGGCAGCCAUCAUGUCGAACGCAAAUAGCAUCAAGGUCGUCGCUCGAUUUCGCCCGCAGAAUCGGGUCGAGAUCGACUCGGGCGGCCAGCCCAUUGUCAGCUUCGAUGGCCAAGAUACGUGCACCGUCGAUUCCCGCGAAGCGCAAGGAAGUUUCACCUUUGACCGUGUGUUCGACAUGUCAUGCAAGCAGUCCGACAUCUUCGACUUCUCCAUCAAGCCAACCGUCGACGACAUCCUCAACGGCUACAAUGGUACCGUCUUCGCCUACGGCCAGACGGGCGCGGGAAAGUCCUACACCAUGAUGGGCUCCAGUAUCGAUGACGACGACGGCAAGGGUGUCAUUCCGCGAAUCGUCGAGCAGAUAUUCGCAAACAUCCUCUCCAGCGCAGCGAACAUCGAGUACACGGUUCGGGUUAGUUACAUGGAAAUCUACAUGGAAAGAAUUCGUGACCUGCUGGAGCCGCGGAAUGACAACCUCCCCGUCCACGAGGAGAAAAACCGCGGGGUGUACGUCAAGGGUCUGCUGGAGAUAUACGUCUCGAGCGUGCAGGAGGUGUUUGAGGUUAUGCGGAGGGGUGGAAACGCGAGAGCAGUUGCUGCGACGAAUAUGAAUCAGGAGUCUUCGCGCUCGCACUCGAUCUUCGUCAUUACCAUCACGCAAAAGAACGUCGAGACGGGCUCGGCGAAGAGCGGCCAGCUUUUCCUGGUCGACUUGGCGGGUAGCGAGAAAGUUGGCAAGACGGGCGCCAGCGGCCAGACGCUCGAAGAGGCGAAGAAGAUCAACAAGAGUCUGAGCGCCCUGGGCAUGGUCAUCAACUCGUUGACGGACGGGAAAUCCUCCCACAUUCCCUACCGCGACUCAAAACUCACCCGUAUCCUGCAGGAGUCUCUUGGUGGCAACAGUCGGACGACUCUUAUCAUCAACUGUUCCCCCAGCAGUUACAACGAUGCUGAAACUCUCAGCACGCUACGCUUCGGUAUGCGAGCCAAGUCCAUCAAGAACAAGGCCAAGGUCAACGCCGAACUCAGCCCGGCCGAGCUCAAGAUGAUGGUCGCCAAGGCCAAGACGCAAAUUACCAGCUUCGAGAGUUACAUCGUUAACCUCGAGAGCGAAGUGCAAUUAUGGCGUGCCGGAGAGACGGUGGCCAAGGACAGGUGGGUACCGCCUCUUUCUGCGGACGGCGUGGUAGGAGCAAAACCAGAAGGGAGGCCGGCAAGGCCAUCGACGCCAUCCCGUUUGCUACAGGACAGGUCUGGCGCUGAGACACCAGGCAUGUCGGAGAGGGCGGGCACCCCAAGCCUACCGUUGGAGAAGGACGAACGGGAGGAGUUCUUGCGCCGCGAGAACGAGCUCCAGGAUCAACUCGCCGAGCGGGAGACACAAGCGGCGACCAUGGAGAGGCAGCUGCGGGAAACCAAGGAGGAGAUGGCCGGGUUGAAGGAGCACGAUGCGAAGAUAGGAAAAGACAAUGAGAGGUUGGUCAGCGAGUCUAACGAGUUCAAGAUGCAGCUAGAGAGGCUAGCAUUCGAGAACAAGGAGGCGCAGAUCACCAUGGACGGACUGAAGGACGCCAACACGGAACUCACGGCAGAGUUAGACGAGGUAAAGCAGCAGAUGCUCGACAUGAAGAUGAAUGCCAAGGAGACCAGCGCAGUCCUGGACGAAAAGGAGAAGAAGAAGGCGGAGAAGAUGGCCAAGAUGAUGGCCGGCUUCGACCUCAGCGGAGACGUCUUCAGCGAUAACGAGCGGUCAGUCGCCGACGCGAUCGCGCAAAUAGAUGCGCUGUACGAUAUCAGCUCUACCGGCGACCCGAUCCCGCCUGAUGAUCUCAAGGCGCUGCGGGAGAAGUUGGUCGAGACACAGGGCUUCGUGCGGCAGGCCGAGCUAUCCGCGUUCAGCGCGGCGUCCAACGAGGCGGAGGCGCGCAAGCGCGCCGAUCUCGAGACCCGGCUAGAGGCUCUCCAGCUAGAGCAUGAGGACAUCCUCACGCGCAACCUGGACGAGGCGGACAAGGAGGAGGUCAAGGCCAUGCUCACAAAGACGCUAUCCGACAAGACGACCACACAGGUCGAGCUGAUCGAGGGCCUCAAGUCGGACCUCUCCCUCCGAGCAACGGAGAACGACCGGCUCAAGGCGCUAGUGGACGACCUACAGCGGCGCGUCAAGGCAAACGGCGCGGUACCCAUGGCUAAUGGCAAGACGGUACAGCAGCAGUUAGCCGAGUUCGACGUCAUGAAGAAGAGCCUGAUGCGCGACCUCCAGAACCGGUGCGAGCGCGUGGUCGAGCUCGAGAUCUCGCUCGACGAGACGCGCGAGCAGUACAACAACGUGCUGCGCAGCAGCAACAACCGCGCGCAGCAGAAGAAGAUGGCCUUCCUCGAGCGCAACCUCGAGCAGCUCACCCAGGUACAACGCCAGCUGGUCGAGCAGAACUCGGCGCUCAAGAAGGAGGUCGCCAUCGCCGAGCGCAAGCUCAUCGCCCGCAACGAGCGCAUCCAAAGCCUCGAGAGCCUGCUCCAGGAGAGCCAGGAGAAGAUGGCACAGGCGAAUCACAAAUUCGAAGUGCAGCUCGCGGCCGUCAAAGACCGCCUCGAGGCGGCCAAAGCCGGCAGCACGCGCGGGCUCGGUUCGCCCACCGGCAUGGGCGGCUUCAACAUUGGCAGCCGCAUUGCCAAGCCGCUUCGCGGCGGCGGUGACUCGGCUGUUUCGGCCCACCCCACCAUCGCGAAUCUCCAGAGCCCGCCCGAGAAUAAGAGAUCGAGCUGGUUCUUCCAGAAGUCGUGAUGAGUUGGAGGUGGCGGCAGCAGUGGUGGUGGUCGCGGGAGGGAGUGUGGGUCUGUGGGGAGGAGACGUAGAGGCGUGUCGGUGUCAUUUUGGGUGUUGGAUCGGGGGCUGGACUUGUCAAGAGGUACAUUAAGAAAGGGAGGGAGGGAAGGGGAGGAGUACGUACAGCGGAGGGCGGAGGUGGUGUGU